CCGUGAUCCGUCUGCCAAGAGAUCGCCUUCCGAGGUUAAAGAAAGGGUAAAAUUAAUUUACUGUUCGUUCUAGUACCGAACCAUCUGUUUAUGAGUUGAUGAACGCUUGCGCCCAAUUUCUUACCUUCACUAAAUCGUAAAAUGGCUUCUCUCGCACGUUCACUUCGCCCUGCUAUGCGCCUGCUGUCCAGCAGCCGCCCUGUUGUCACCACCAAGCGGGGUUACGCUGAUGAAAUGUCUUUCACAUUCGCUGCGGCCAACCAGGUUUAUUAUGUUGGAGCCAAUGUGAAGCAGGUUGAUGUUCCGUCUUUCAGCGGUAGCUUUGGUAUUCUGCCCAAUCACGUUCCUACCCUUGCUGUCCUGAAACCUGGUGUUGUCACUGUCUAUGAAGCCGAUGGAAACAAGAAAGAAGUUUUUGUUUCUAGUGGAACAGUAACCAUCAAUGACGAUUCAUCAGUGCAAGUUCUAGCAGAGGAAGCAUGCCUGGUUUCUGAGCUCGACAAGGCUGCCUGUCAAGAUGUGCUGAGGAAAGCUGAAAGCCAGCUGGCAUCUGCUUCAAGUGAGGUUGAAAAGGCAGAGGCUGCAAUUGCUGUUGAAGUUGGUCAGGAACUUGUUCGAGCAGCUGCUUAAUUUUAAUAUGCAUUUUAUGAUCCUCCUUGAUUAGUUCUAUAUUGAAAUUAUUGGCCAUUGAUUCUAUCCUCUAGUCAGUGGCUUCCAUUUUCCCAAUUUUUUUAUUUGAUCCGAAAGUUUUACAUAAAGAAUUUGGUUGGAGGAUGAUGCAAUUUGCAUCAAUAGGACUUAUUGCACUUGUCCUGUGGACAGGAUGUGAGGUUCGUGUUUAAGCUGCUGUACUACUAAUUAUGAAAUCCCUCAACCGUUAUCAGGUGUCAACUCUGUAGAUGUAAAUAUGCACAUACUGCCAUUACUGCUUCUGAGGAUUAAAAUGGUUACAAAAUAAA